AUGGACCUACCACUAGUCCUAAACACACUAAUACUCCUAACCCUAGCCACCCUAUCUACUCCCAUCAUCCUCCCCAUACUAUCAGACAACCUCAAAAACUCCCCUACCAUCAUCACAAACACAGUCAAAACAUCCUUCCUAAUCAGCCUAAUCCCAAUAAUGAUAUUCAUCCACUCAGGAACAGAAAGCCUAAUCUCCCUAUGAGAAUGAAAAUUCAUCAUAAACUUCAAAAUCCCUAUCAGCCUAAAAAUAGACUUCUACUCCCUUACAUUCUUCCCAAUCGCCCUAUUCGUAUCAUGAUCUAUCCUACAAUUCGCAACAUGAUACAUGGCCUCAGACCCAUACAUCACAAAAUUCUUCACCUACCUCUUAUUUUUCCUAAUCGCAAUACUCAUCUUAAUUAUCGCAAACAACCUAUUCGUCCUAUUCAUCGGAUGAGAAGGAGUCGGAAUCAUAUCCUUCCUGCUAAUCAGCUGAUGGCAUGGCCGAGCAGAAGCCAACACUGCCGCCCUCCAAGCCGUACUCUACAACCGAGUAGGAGACAUCGGACUCAUUCUAUGCAUAGCAUGACUAGCCUCAACCAUAAACACCUGAGAAAUCCAACAACUAUCCUCUCCAUCACAAACCCCCACCCUCCCCCUACUAGGACUUAUCCUAGCCGCAACAGGUAAAUCAGCCCAAUUCGGCCUCCACCCAUGACUGCCAGCAGCCAUAGAAGGACCCACCCCAGUAUCCGCCCUACUGCACUCCAGCACAAUAGUAGUAGCCGGAAUUUUCCUACUAAUCCGAACUCACCCCUUAUUCAACCACAACCAAACUGCCCUGACUCUAUGCCUAUGCCUUGGAGCCCUAUCUACCCUAUUUGCAGCCACAUGCGCCCUCACCCAAAAUGACAUCAAAAAAAUCAUCGCCUUCUCAACCUCAAGCCAACUAGGCCUAAUAAUAGUCACCAUCGGACUAAAUCUACCCGAACUAGCCUUCCUCCACAUCUCAACCCACGCCUUCUUCAAAGCAAUACUAUUCCUAUGCUCCGGAUCCAUCAUCCAUAGCCUAAACGGCGAACAAGACAUCCGAAAAAUAGGAGGCCUACAAAAAAUACUACCCACAACCACCUCCUGCUUAACUAUCGGCAACCUCGCCCUGAUAGGAACACCAUUCCUAGCAGGAUUCUACUCAAAAGACCAAAUCAUCGAAAGCUUAAGCACAUCCUACCUAAACACUUGAGCUUUAGUGCUUACCCUACUAGCAACAUCUUUCACCGCAGUAUACACAAUCCGUAUAAUCGUACUAGUACAGACAGGCUUCGUUCGAAUCGCUCCCCUCACCCCAAUCAAUGAAAACAACCCCGCAGUGACUUCCCCUCUAACUCGACUAGCUCUAGGAAGUAUUACGGCAGGAUUUCUCAUCACCUCAUUUAUCAUCCCCACAAAAACCCCACCCAUAACAAUACCACUAUCCAUCAAAAUCACAGCCCUAAUGGUCACAGCCCUAGGAAUUGCCCUAGCCCUAGAAAUUUCAAAAAUAACCCAAACCCUAAUCCUAACAAAACAAACUACCUUCUCAAACUUCUCCACCUCCCUAGGAUUCUUCAACCCCCUAAUUCACCGCUUCAGCAUAACAAACUCCCUAAAAGGAGGCCAAAACAUCGCCUCACACCUGAUCGACCUAUCCUGAUUUAAAAUAUUCGGCCCAGAAGGACUAGCCAACCUGCAAGUCCUAGCAACCAAAACCGCCACCACCCUACACUCAGGACAAAUAAAAGCCUACCUAGGAACAUUCGCCUUAUCCAUCCUAAUCAUCCUCACAUCCAUACACAGA